GAAAUCGAUUUUGGUGCCAGGUUGAAACAUUUUCCCAAAACAGUUCUGCAAAAUGACAAGCCUGUUCCGCAGGAGCAGCAGCAAUGGUGGGUCCCGGGGUGGGGGGAGCGCCUCAGCACAGGAACUCAACAACAGCCGGCCUGCCCGGCAAGUCCGGCGCCUGGAGUUCAACCAGGCCAUGGAGGACUUCAAGACCAUGUUCCCCAACAUGGACUAUGACAUCAUUGAGUGUGUGCUGCGUGCCAACAAUGGCGCCGUCGAUGCCACCAUUGACCAGUUGCUGCAGAUGAAUCUGGAUGGGAGCAGCUAUGAUGAUAGCUCGGACUCAGAUGACAGCAUCCCUCCUGAGAUUUUGGAACGGACUUUGGAACCAGAUAGCUCUGAUGAAGAGCCACCACCAGUGUAUUCACCUCCUGCCUACCACAUGCACAUGUUUGACAGGCCUUAUCCCCUGGCUCCCCCAACCCCACCUCCCAGGAUAGACGUGCCUAGCGCUGGGGUCCCCCCAACCCAGAGGCGCUAUCGCAACUGGAACCCCCCACUUCUGGGCAACCUUCCUGAUGAUUUCCUUCGAAUCCUGCCCCAGCAGCUGGAUAGUUUGCGGAACACGCAGAGUGGCCCCCCAAAGCUAGGGCUUGGGGAGGUCAGCCAACCCAUGGCAGGAAACCUGGAGGAGGAAUGCCGCUGGAAGCAGUACCUGGAGGAUGAGCGGAUUGCCCUCUUCCUGCAGAAUGAAGAAUUCAUGAAAGAGCUUCAACGGAACCGAGACUUCCUCCUUGCCCUAGAGAGGGAUCGAUUGAAAUAUGAGUCCCAGAAAUCCAAAUCCAGCAGCAUGGCCGUCAGUAAUGACUUUGGUAUUCCAUCCACUAUCACAGGUGAUGCUGCCUCGGCAGCCGGUGAAGCCAGCCCUGCCGUGUCUGAAGAUGCCUUAUUCAGGGACAAGCUGAAGCACAUGGGGAAAUCAACCCGGAGGAAGUUGUUUGAACUUGCCAGGGCCUUCUCUGAGAAGACCAAGAUGAGGAAGACAAAGAAAAAACAGUUGUUGAAGCACCAGUCGCUGGGGACUGCAGCAUCUACAGCUAAUCUCCUGGAUGACGUGGAAGGCCAUGCCUGUGAUGAAGACUUCCGGGCAAGGAAGCAGGAGACACUUAAGGAGGAGGAAGCACCCAGAGAAGGGCAGUAAGAGGUGCUGGAGUUCACUGGAAAUGAAACGUCCUAAUGGGGCAGCCCAGAUAGUGAAGGCCUGUCCUUAGCUGCCCAGACCUGCUGCAGUGAGACGGAGGGUGUUUGAGCAUUGAGGCACCAAGUUUCUCUGUUCCUCAGAAGCCUUGCUUCUAGCUGCCUCUUGUCCUUCCCCUCUUGUGCAGGGUGUUGGAACUUUGGUAUUGCCAUAUUGUGAUUGGAGGAAGCACCUGGGGCCCCACCAAGGGCAGCAACCAAUCACAGUCUUCUCUUGUAGCUGUGUUAUUUUAGGGGCAAUGAGCGGAGGGGAACCUUCCCCUCCGUUUUUGUUUUCUUUUUUAAUGUCUCUCUGUAGCCUCUUGGCUUCCCUUUCUUCCUUCCCACCAUUCCUCUCCGAAAGGAGCAGGUCCAAUCAGUGGGAGGGCUGGACACAUAAAGCACAGGCCCAGGUUAAUGUAUGGGCAAGAACAAAAUGUAGCCUCUUCUUCCCUCCUCAACUCCCCAUCUCUCUCUCAGAUUAGUCCAAACUCCACUGAAGAGUCGGAGACAUGAUCUAAUCCUCCCUGCUCCACUCCUGGUACUCUGCUCUCUUCCUUUUCUGGUCCCCUGGCUUCUGUUUUUCAGGAUGAGACCUAUCUUCCAUCCUUGUCCCCUCCCCAGAGAUCCCUUGGCCAAGAUGAAGGAACAGUAUCAGAUGGGAAAAACCACACUUGGACUGGGGUAGCAGAAGGGGAUGAUGACCUGACCCCAAGACAUGGACCCUAGAGCCUACCUGGGAGUAGUUUCCUGAGGGUCUACUCUAAGGUUGUCAUUUCUCAGAGGAAAGGGCAUAGAGGGAUAGCUCUAGAACUGGAAAGGACCUUAGAGUCAUCCAGUCCAACCCAUUCAUUUUCCAGAUGAGGAAGGGGCCCAUAGAAAUUCAUUGAUUCACCCAAGGUUACACAAGUAUUUUUUUUUUUGGCAGAAAUGGUAUUUGAACUUAGGUUCUGAGUCUAAGCUCAGAGCUCUGUGUUCAGUAUUCUUCCCACUGUGCCAUAAGCAGAGAAACAGUGUCACGGGAAGAGCAAUCUGCUGUCACAUUGGAGGGUGGUGGUAGUGGUGGCGGCAGGGGUGGUGGUAGGGGGCCCUCUAUAAUAGUCUGGAGUUAGGACAAGGGCAGGUUGGAGCACUGGCUUCCCUUACUUCUGCUGGGAAAUAGAAUGGAGGCAAGUUGUCCAAUUUGGAAUCAGUGGAAACAGAGAGCUUUUGGGCAUGGUGACAGUGCUCUGCUUUGGGAUGACUUCUGGGCUACGCUCCUAAGUUCGGGAUCCCCUGCCAGGCCAGCUGGUGUGGGAAAAACGAAAGGAAGGGAGAGGGGCUCUAGGAUAGAAUCCUAGAGGCUAGUUGGCAGUGGAGGGGGUGGGUUUCCCCUGUCCUCAGGGGAGCACUGGUGUUAAGCUGACUCCCAGGUCCUGAGGGAGGAGCUCAAUGCCCAUAAGCAGAAAAUGUUAAACUGUGAGACCUUCAGAGCUAGAAAGAACAGUGGGGGAACAGCUGUUUUUUUUAUGCAGUGUGCAGCAGCAAGGGGUGGAGUUGCCCUGAAUAUUACCCGCUUAUCCCUGAAAGCUGGCCUCAGAGCAGAAGUGCAGGCUGAGUCCUGUUUGGGGUGGGGAGGAAACCUGUUCUCAGGAGAAAGCUCUCCAGGGGGCCUGUCUACCCACCCACUCGCUUACCUCCUCAUUGUCCCAGGGAGUUCACUGUCUUUGCCUCUUCACAUUAGUGGGUUGGCACCGGGAUGGGGAGAAGCUGAUCUGAGGAAUCUAGAAGCUUGGAAAAGAGAGAGCUUUGAGGGGAGGGGCUUCCAGCUUCACUAAAGCAUUAAAUCUCUACUGCCCAGUAUGGAGCUUGGGCUUUGUUGUUAAUGGUGGGGUAGUAGGAGGAAGCCUACAGCUGAUUUGGGGGGACCUCUGUUAGCACUAAGCCAAGAUAAAAUGAUGAGAUUAUUCUUAUAGUAUUCUUUCCCCUAGUGAGGAGAGAGAGAGAGAGAGAGACAGAGAGAGAGACUGACUGACUAUGUGACUAUGGGGGGGGGGGCAGGGUUUACAGGCUCAUGAUUUAUCCCGCUUCCAAGUUGCAGUGCUUUCUUCCCCAAACCCUGGGGGGCCCAAAGAAGGAAGGAUUCCAUAGUGAGUGGUCCCCCGGCCAGUGGUUGGGCCUGGAAUGUGCUCAGGUCUGCUAGCUGGCAAGCUCAGGCCCUGGAAUGUGCCUGCAGCUACCAGGGGGAGAGGAACCGCUUAUGAAAUGUAACCAAGUUUGGAAGUGUGUGCAGAGGUUGCUAAGGGUGAAGUUGGAGUGGGGCCACAGGUAACAGAAGGCGUCUUGGCAAAGGAAUGAAUAAUUCACAGCUGAGGAGGGGAAGGCCACCUUUUUUUCCUCCUUUUUCUCCUCCCUCCCUUUUGCUCUUCUCCUCCCUUUCCCUCGUAGCUGCCAAGCUCUCUUCCUCACCCAGGUCCCACCAGUAAAAGGAUCUGUUUGGUUUUGAGGUUUCCCCCAAGGCAUCCCUAUUCCUUUGUGCCUUCCUUCUAGCUCUGCAUGGUCAAGAAGAGGGCAAGGCUCCAAAGUUGCCAGACCCUUCCAUCUAGAGGUCAAUGCCCCCACCCCCAGUCAGCCAGAGGGACAGCUCUUUCCCCUUCCACAAUAACAAUUUGGAAUAGGCUAAAGGCCCAAGAGAAAUCUGAGGGUCCCCACCCUGGGGCUCCUAGAAUCUAUUAUUCUCCAUCGGAAAGGGAAAGGACCUGCUUUGGCAAUCACAUUAUCCAAAACUAAAUGGAAAACAAAACACCCACCCUGCCCCAGUUUCUUUUGAAUCUUACGAGAGAGGGGAGAGAAGGAUGCUGAGAUAGAAGUAGCCAAAGCAAGCUACAUUCAGAGACUCAUUUCUCCUGCAAAUGAAAAGUUGUUCACUUCUAGCAAAGUCUGUGCAGUGAGGAAUAUAUGACAAUUCUUUUCAACAAACAAACCCCCAAGCACUUGGGGAAUUCCUAAGGUGGAAACCCAAUCUUGAGCUUUGUGAGUGUUGGUUGCUAUGUUAGGUUUUGUUUCCACAUGUGCUGUUGUUGUUGUUUUUUCUUAAAGAUGUUUAAUAGGAAUUCAUAUAAUAAAGUCAUGGUGUACUCUUAA